AUGACGUUCCAGGCACUGGCGUCCAAGACAAGCGUACGCAGCACCUUUGCCAGCUGUCUUGCCACUGCCGGGCAUCACUCUUCUGUUGCGAACAUCAACCUGGGAAUCUGCGUGGGCGAGUGCCCAGACCUGACACCAGCAAUGGCAUAUCCCCUCGUGAAGAGUAUUAUGAGACCCAGUUCAAUUAGCGCAGACGGUAUCAAGGUCUUCGCUGGCGCUGAGCAGGAUGCCAACCUCUUCUUCAUCACCGUCGAGGCCAAGCUCAUCGCCGCUGGCAUCGACGCUGGCAUCAUCGCCGAGGGUGGUGCUGACCACCAAGGAGACGGGCAGGCUCCAGCAGCUGCUUCAUCGCCGAGCCCAAGCACCCACGGUGCUUCGGGUCCCCGCACUCGCUCCCGCGCUCAACGCGGCCCUCGCCGCACUGGGGCCCGCCACGACGCGGGGGACCACGACGACGAUGACGACGACGAGGGCGAUGGCGACGACCACGGCGCUCAGCCAUCUUCCUCCUCUUCCUCUCUGCCUUCUUCCGCCACUCCGAGCGGAGGAGCGCAGGUGGCGUCCCGAGCCUCUGGCCUGCUGGAUCCCCGUGAUCCACAGGUUGACGCAGCCAUCUUCGCGUUCCUCCUUGGCGUCCUGACGGGACACCCGCUGCGGCUGGCCAUCACCGACAACCGUGGCCGCUCCGGUGUGCUUGCGCUGCGCCGCCUCCGCGAGCGCUACAUCCGCAGCGGCAAGGACCACGUCAGUCGUCUCAGGCAGCAGCUCUCCUCGACCACCUGGUUGCCCACGGACACCGUCGACACGUUCAUGUCCCGCAUCACGGACGUCAACUCGCAGCUCCUUGCUGCCGGCGUGUCCAUCCCGGAGGACGACCUGCGCACCCUCGUCCGCAACGAACUCCCCGCGGAGUUUGAUGUGGCGAUGCGGUUCAUGGAGCGCGAGGACCCGCCGCCAUCGCUGUCCAAGAUGACGGCGGACCUCAUCCAGGAACACGGCAGGCACGACGAGCCGAUGCCUUCGCUGCGCGGCCGAACAAGGCGGCGCCUGACCGCACAGCGGACUCGCACUCUUCGUCAACGGCAUUCGCCUUUCCGUCCACCCGCCGCGAGCUCACGAUUCGGCAGCCCGUCCUUCCUCGAGGACGCCAUCUCCAUUGCCCUCGACUUGGGCGCUUCUGAGCAGUAUGACCAGCGUGGUGGAACACGCAACAACGGCUCAAGUGCCCGACGUGACAGUGGGCGUCCAGCCUGGCGCAGUGACCGCCGUGACCCGCGAUAUCAGCGUGACCGACGCCCUCGUCGGCAGGACCGCCACACUCCUUCAAGCAUCAACGUCGUGGAGGACGUGCAAGGCCUCAGCAUCUGCAGUGUGGGCGCCCCAACGCAGCGGGCCACGGUGCGCGCAGUCGUCACUGGAGAACUGGACGGCGAGCCUCGUCGCAUGCUGCUCGACACCGGCGCUGAUGUUUCUUUCGCCUCACCACAUCUGCUGCGUGAUGCUACAUCAGCCCUGACCCCUGUGUCGCUGCGCUAUCCAAACGGCACCACCUUCGUGGCUCGUGACGCCGCUCAUAUGCCUGUCAAGGUCCCCGGCGUGCCUGCUGUUACAGCGACGCUGCUUGCUGCUCCAUGCCCAUCCGAUGUCGAUGCUGUGCUUGGUACUGAUGUGCUAGCCCAGAACGACUGGGUACUCUCCUUUGUUGACGACACGGUCCGUGUGAGUAAAACAUCGCAGCUCUGUUCUUCCUCAGCCACAACCCCCACAGUCAGCGCGUCACCUUCGCACGCAUGCGUACAAUGCCGUCCCGAGCCGCAACCUGCUCCAACUUCUGCAUCACGUACGCCCUCCACCGACAUCUCGGUCAAAUGCGUUUCUGCUACAACUGUGGCUGCCUAUGUGCGUCGGGACGAAGUUGAGGACGUAUUCGUCGCGCUUGUGUCGGCGCAGCGCAGUGACCCGACACCCGCACAGCCGGACCACGAGCUGGACACCUUGCUUCACGAGUAUGCGGAUGUGUUCUCCAACGACCUGCCUCGUUCACUGCCCCCACGCCGCCCAGAAGACCUCCGCAUCCGCCUUCAACCAGGAGCCAAAACGCCCCCCUACGUCCGCUACAAGCUAAGUCCCCCAGAGCGGGACGAGCUUUCUCGCCAGCUGAAAGAUCUGCUGCGAAAGGGCUUCAUCAGGCCGUCAUCCAGCCCAUUUGCAGCCCCUGUGCUCCUGGUCCGCAAAAAAGAUGGCAGCAUGCGGUUCUGCGUGGACUUCCGGCGCCUCAACCACAUCAGCAUCAAGGAUCGUUAUCCCUUACCAGAUAUGCUGUCUGUCUUGGCAAAAUGCGCCGGCCACCGCCUGUAUACGACACUGGACCUCUGUUCAGGAUACCACCAGCUCCGAGUACACCCGCAAGAUGAGGACACGACUGCCUUCGUUUGCGAUGACGGCCAAUUCGCCUGGCGAGUUAUGCCAUUUGGUAUUGCUAACGGCCCACCUGUCUUCCAAAGGCUCAUGGACCGUGUCACUGCCGACAUCCCUGGAGUUCUUGUCUACCUCGACGACAUCGUGGUCUUCUCCAACACGAAGCAUCAGCACCUGCGCACCCUUCGCCGGGUGUUCCAGCGUCUCCGCGACGAACGGCUGGCUCUGAAGCCCAAAAAAUGUGAAUUCCUCAAGCCAUCCCUUCUGUUUCUGGGACAUGUGCUCUCCUGCCAUGGCAUAUCCGUCGACCCAGACAAGGUUGACGCCGUCAUGAAGCUCGCCAAGCCUUCAUCCAAGACCGAACUGCUCAGCUUCCUUGGCACGGUGAACUACUACCGUCGCUUCCUACGCAACAUGGAGGACAUAGCAGCGCCCCUGCGGGAGCUUCAGGACCUCGCUGAAUGGGGUGAGGCACACGAGCAUGCUUUCAACGCUCUCAAGCAAGCCCUAUGCAACGCGACGACACUUGCGCCUCCCGAUCACAACGCUCCCUUUAUCAUCAGAGCAGACGCAUCGGACAAGGGUAUCGGCGCAGUUCUUGAGCAACACGGCCGUCCCGUCGAAUUUAUGUCCAAGAAGCUCACAUCUGCUGAGGCUAACUACCCCAUUCGCCAGCGUGAGCUACUGGCCAUUGUGGUGGCCCUUCAGAAGUGGCGCCAUUACUUCGGCUUCUUCACGGUUGAAGUCAUCACCGAUCACAAGUCUCUGUUGGACCUGCAAACACAGAGCAAAAUUUCCGAGCGACGCAUCCUCCGCUGGAUGGAGACCCUCGCAGAGUUUUCCAUCAAAUGGACCUACACGCCCGGCGUUGACAAUCAUGUACCUGAUACACUCAGCCGCCUCGUCGGAUCUACCACCACUGCACUCGUCCCAACACAGCUUGGAACGAACUAUGAGGCCGAUUCAGCGUACAAGAAGCUUCUCGCGCGCCUGUCACCGCCUUUUCGGUUCGACGGCGACGUUCUUCUCUUCCACGACCGGCGAUGUGUGGUGAAGAGCGAUAUCAAGGCAGUUCUACGCCACGCUCAUGAUGCCCACGGACACCCUGGCCUAUUCAAGACGCUCGGGCACCUGUCCCGUCGUUUCUUCUGGCCAAGAAUGUACUCUGAUGCGGCGGAGUAUAUUCAGGGAUGCCACACCUGCCUCAUGUCCAAACCCGCCGUGCGGCCAACUGCGCCUCUGCAGCCACUCGACGUUCCACCGUACCCCUGGCACACGGUUACUUGCGACUUUGUGUCAGGCUUCCCCACCGUACGUGGCUUCGACACAAUUGCGGUGUACGUCGACAAGCUUAGCAAGACUGUCCACCUCGCGCCCUGUUCGAAGACGCUCGAUGCUGCUGGGGCGGCACGGCUGCUUGUUGACACUGUGAAUGAUCUCGGACAGAGACCCACGCUUUGUCAGCAAGGUCUACAAGGAGGUCGCCAAAGCUCUCGGCAUCAAACUCUCCUUCUCCACAGCCUCACAUAA